AUGACGCAGGACCGCUCGGCCCAGCACGAGCUGAGACAUUCCCUGGAGAACGCAGGAUAUGACAUUACAAACUGCUCCGUGAAAUGCGAGGAGCUUCGAAAUCACCAGCAGUUUCACAAGCACUCGUUCUUUACAACCCCCCCGGUGUGGUGUGUGUGUGUGUGUGUGUGUGUGUUGGUGCAGGAGCAGCAGUCCGCCGUCAUGUCGCAGCGCUUCACCGAUGAGGACUUCCAGAGAGCGUGGCUGGAGCUGGACGAGCCGCAGCUGGCGGGAGGAUGGGAGCUCUUCACCGAAACCAUGGGAGUGAAGAUCCACCGCCUCCACGACCAGGGAACGGGACUCUAUGAGUACAAAGUCUUUGGCGUGCUCAGCGGCUGCACCCCGGAGCUGUGUGCCGACGUCUACAUGGACUUGUCCUACCGGAAACAUUGGGAUGGAUAUGUGAAAGAACUCUAUGAGAAAGACUUUGAUGGACAGCCAGCAAUCUACUGGGAAGUCAAAUACCCGGCCCUUAUGUCAAACAGAGACUAUGUGUACAUUAGAGACAGGAGAGACUUGGAAGUUGACGGCAGGAAGAUCUGGGUGAUCCUGGCCAGAAGCUCUCCGGAGAUGCCGUGUCCAGAAAAGAGUGGCGUGCUGCGGGUCAAAGACUACAAGCAGAGCCUUGCACUGGAGAGCGAUGGGAGCAGCGGAACUAAAGUUUUCAUGAAUUACUUCGACAACCCUGGCGGAAUGAUUCCUAACUGGGUGGUGAACUGGGCAGCUAAGAGCGGGGUGCCAGGUUUCUUAACAGACAUGCAGAAGGCCUGCAGCAAGUACGAAACCUUCUGCCAGAAGAAAUGAACACGAUGGAAAAGGACUCGGGCUCAAGGGCAUUGCUCCGUUUUUAUCUUUUAUUUUUUUAUCUUGUUUGUUGAAAUGUGACUGUUGUGUGCGGGGUGAAAGUGGCAUGGUGUGAGCUGCUACCUGAGGUUGCAGCUUGCUGUUGACUCAGGUAUGAUGUGCAUGACCAGCCUCCCUCCUAAAUGUGCUGGUGUGAGUCAAUUCUGUUCCAUUGUACUGUAAUAUACAAAACUGUAUUCUCUUUUCCUUUGAAAUCGUAUGAUUAUUAUUAAUAUACAUAUAUAUGAUCAGUUUUUAUUACUUUAGGCCCUCAACGGUAAAACCAGCUCCUUUCUCACAGCCUUUUGCAGGUGGGAAUGUUUUAUGUUCUGUUUAAAAGGUACAAACAUUGAAGAGAACGAUAGUGUUGCAUCAAAGAUUAAUCAUCUGGUUGCUGUUAAGUGGAAAACUAACUUUUAUGAGUUGUUUAUCCGCCUUUAUUUAAACUGUUAAAAAGGACUUGACUGGUCGCAGUCUAGAUCACAAGGUAAAAUAAGGAUUAUUGCAAAGAAAUUAUUUCUUUAAUACCUCAGCCAAGGACGUUAUGAUUUCAUCCAAAGCAGCUAUAGCCAUAAAUGAAUUGGGUAAUACAACUAUUAAGAGGCUGUGUGAUCAGUUUUUGGUGGACAAUCAGUUUUUGGAACAACACCAACAGAGCCAAAUGCGAUCAAUCUCAGUCUAUUCGUUAUAUUCAAAUAACGAAUUAAAACCAAACUUGUCAAAAACCUGAACAAUGGGACGUUCCGUCAGUGUGAGAAGAGCUAAAUACAAUGACAGAAACUGUGUUGGGCAAAAUGUAUUUGAUGUGUACUUUGAUUAGCAUGGAGGUUGGGUUUAUAACCUAUACUGCAACCAGCCACAAGGAGGUGAUCAGGAUGCUUUGGCUUCACUUUUGGGACCUGUCAUGUUAUCUAUCUUGAAUACAAUUUAUGGAUCCGACUCAGGAGUACUGAGUCCUUAUGACACCUGAGUACUCAUGGGUCGGACAUGUUUACAGACAUCUCUUCUGAUGGUCUCCAGGUAGUUAAAGUUUCCGACAAUGUCUCUUCUUCGUACUGUACAUGUUAAAAGUUUACAGAUCUGAUUUAUAAUGAUGUUUUCGGUCUUCUCACUGUCAACUUUAAUUCACUGGAAAUUCACUCAUGUACUACAAUGAAGUGAAAGUUCAAACAACAAAUCAAGCACUUUUUUACACUUUUUUCGGCUUCUUGAUUGUCCUUUCUCAAGGGUUCAUUACUUAUGCAAAGAUCCUGGUAUGGAUGCAUUGAAUCAGAGGUACAGUAUCUGAUUUGUUACUGUAUUUAGGAUGCACCUCAGUUCCUCAGCACUCCUGUUGAUCCAGAAGAAUUGGGUUUAAUCUGAUUAUGAAAUGCUUAUUACUGUGUAAUACUGCUGUGUUACUGGAAUAAAUAAACUUAAAUUUGAAAUUUUA